AUGGAAUGCCCUAAUUUUCUAUAAGAAGAAUAAGAAGAAUUUCAAGAGAAUAAUUUGAAUAAAUAUAUAAAAAUAAAUUUAUUUGAAAAAGGUAAAAUAGGAUAAAACUAUAAAUGUCCUCAAUAACUAAACUUAAAUAAAAAUACUACUCUCCAAAAUUUAUCAAAAAGAAUUACUACUCCAAUAUAAGGAAACGAUAUAUAGGAAAUCAAAAAGCUUCUCUUUAACUAGCAAUAGAAUAAGUUUUUACCUUAUUCAUGGUCUUAAGGUUUUAUUUUAAACGAUAAUGAAAAUACAUUUUAUGGUUUGGUUUAAAAAGAAGGAGGUCCUUGUGGAAUUAUAGCAUGCGUUUAGGCUCUUUUUUUGAAAUAUUUAAUGUUUGUUGCACCUCCUGUAAAUAAUUAAGUUAAUAAUAUUGAAUUUUAUAAAAAUAAAUAAUUAAGGGAGAAUUGUUUAGUUGCUGCUUUAGCGGAAAUUUUAUUUAAUUGUAAAGAAAGUGAUAAUAAUAUUAAGAUUGCAGUCAUUACAUAGACUACAUAUUAAAAUGCUGUUCCCGUUGAAAAUUGUGGAAUUUGCUAAUUUAAAGCUAAUACAAUUGAGUAAGCUUAUGAAGGACUGCAUUAAUUCAAAGAAGAGUUUAUUGGAUAGCAUAAUAGUGGGAUUACGACUUUCCUUUAUAGUGUUGUUUUGACAAAAGGAGUUUAGAAUAUAAAAGAUGAAAUGGAUUCUUAAGAAAACGCUCUUAUAGGACAUCAUGGGCAUUGUUAAUAGGAAUAAGUGAAUUUGUUUUUGACAGGAAAGGCCAGAUCAAAUUGCUUUGAUGGUGAAAAAGUACUCGAUGAUGAACUUAGACUUAGGGGAAUAGAUUAAAAAAGUUAGUUUGGGUUUUUGACGAUUUUCGAGCAUCUGUAAUAUAUAGAGGUAGGGGAAUAUCUUAAAAAACCAGUUUUUCCAAUUUGGGUGAUAUGUAAAGAAUAUCAUUAUUCAGUGAUAUUUGCACUUGAUUAUAGGGUUUGUGAAAUUAAAAAUAAUGGGAAGUUUGAUAUAAUACUUUAUGACGAGUUAUAUAAUAAAGAUGAUAGAAUUAUUAUGACAGUCAGCUUUAAGGAAUAAACAGAAAAUAAUAAAAGAUUGUUUGAAAAAAAAGAUUAGGAUGAUAAAUAAGAUGAAGAUCUAGUUCCUCUAAUUGAACAGGUAAUGAAAACUAAAUGGGGCAAAAAUAUGGUUUUGGAUUGGAAUGAUUCUAUUCCAAUUUUGUGA